AGGGGACAAGAGCAAAGAGGUGUGGUUUGUGAGAGCACAUUUUAAAUUCUUGUUACUCCUGUUUUAAAAGGUCUUCAUUAACUGUAUUGUAAACAAGACAGUAUUGACAAGUGGAAUUUUUUUUUGCAUGAUAUUUCCUUUUUGUGGCUUCACAACAAGGAGCCGUUACAGAAUGUCCAUGCAGGUGAAGAUAUAGAUUUCGAGCAUUUGUGUCUGUGAGUGCUGUGAAUCAUGGCAGGUUUUCAGAACAGCUUGGCAGUGCGACACUGGCUCACCUUUGCCACGGGUCUGGUGGAGUGUUUGUGUUUCGCUGGAGCUGUGUUCGGAUGGGCUUCGCUUGUUUUUGUCCUCCAGAGAGAGGGCUACUUCGGCUCUCUGUGCGUCAACACCACGGCCAAUGCAACAGAGGUCUUAGACUGCAGUGGACAGGAUGAACAGUUCUCACUUGUCUUCACCAUUGCUUCAUUUGUUAACAAUUUCCUGUCGUUGCCCAAUGGUUUCAUCUUUGACCAUUUUGGCACGACGGUGGCUCGGCUCUUAGGAAUAUGUCUUUACACCAUGGGCACCUUGAUGUUUGCCUUCUCGACUUCAGCUCUGUCCAUCCUGGUCUUCCCAGCUCUCACACUUGUGGCAGGUGGUGGCAUCUUGUUUCUGAUUACCAACAUUCAGGUAGGAAACUUGUUCGGCGUUCAUCGCUCCACCGUCAUCACUUUGUAUAACGGGGCUUUCGACUCUUCCUCAGGGCUCUUUUUUGUCAUCAAGCUGUCAUAUGAGUGUGGUGUCUCUCUGCGGGCCGCCUUCCUCUUUAUUUCUGCCUGCAGCGUCUUUCAUGUGAUCAGGACUUUCUUCUUGAUGCCCAAACGCUUCAUUCCAUACCCGCUGCCUGAGCAUUACACCUACGGGAUAAGCUGUGGUAAAUCAAAGAGCUCCAAGGUGACAGCAAAUAGUAACACGCCGAUGACAGAGGAAACAACUACAAUGCAUGACAAGGACGCCCCGGUGAAACAAGAGAAGACUUUACGUGAGUGCGUGCUGUCCAGGUUCUUUCUGUUUCACCUGCUCUGGUUGUCAGUGAUGCAGCUCAGACAUUACCUGUUUAUCGGCACCCUCAACCCCAUGCUGCAAGGGCUGUCGGCAGGAGAUCCCUCGCUGGUGGGCCAGUACAUCAAUGCCUUUGCUAUCACCCAGAUGUGUGGGGUGCUUUGUGCCCCCUGGAACGGCCUCAUCAUUGACAGACACAAGGGCAAAACUCGUGCUGCAGGAGAGAGUGAACAGGAGUCAGACCUGCGGGCCAUGGUGCUUUCUCUCUCCCUGACAGCGCUGCAGUGUGUGUUGUUCUCAGUCUGUGCCGCGACCCCGUACCUGCCGCUUCAGUACUUAACCUUUGUCCUGCAGGUGCUCAACCGUUCCUUCCUCUACGGUGGCAACGCAGCCUUCCUCAGCGUGGCUUUCCCAGGGUGUCACUUUGGGAAGCUGUUUGGUCUGGUCAUGGCUCUGUCGGCAGUGUUUUCCCUGCUACAAUAUCCCUGCUUUGCUCUGGUGAAAGGACCUCUGGGUGGAGACCCUUUAUAUGUGAACAUCGCCCUGACGAUGCUCAGCCUGCUCCCCUUCAUCCAUCCGCUCUCUGUCUACCUGCACUGUCGAAGACUUGCAUCCCAGCGAGUCAAGACCGGAGCCGGCGCUGCUUCCUAAAGUCUGUAAAAUGUGAUCGCUGACUCACACUUUCUAUUACCACUGACUCUGUCACAUCUUCAGUUUGUGUGUUUAAAGUUUUGUGCUACAUGCAGCCUGUUUAGAACAUAACAUCAAGAACUUUUAACCACACUUACCUACUACAAAUGAGUAAAGUGUGAGUAAAGUCCGUCACAUUUUAAUUUCUGCCUACGUCAGAGCAAAGGGAAAACUCCAGAACAGAAGGGGCCUAUAAUGCACCUAUUACGCUGGUUGCUAAACGCCAUGCAAAACGAUGAAGAGCAGUGGACAAGCAAACACGUUGCGAUGUCUUAUCUGGUUGUGACCAGAGCCGUUGUUAGACAGACUAGCGACAACGGAAGUCCAAAAUGCUUGCACGUCACAUGACUCGUGUAAACUUUAGAUAGUUCCCGGAAGUUCUUGGCGCGCAAUUAGAAUCCAUUAUUCAGAGUGACAGAACUGUGAUUUGGGGUAAUUAGUUUUCUAUAAAUGUAUCGAUUUACAAUAUAGGAGACCGACAUGCCUAUGUAGUUACUCUAGUUAGUGUAGUGUCUUUUUGUCCAUAUAUGGA